AUGUCUGCUGAACAUUUUUUCUUUACAUCUGAAUCCGUUGGUGAAGGUCACCCAGAUAAGAUUUGUGAUCAAGUCUCUGAUGCUAUCUUAGAUGCUUGUUUGGCUGUUGAUCCUUUAUCCAAGGUUGCAUGUGAAACUGCUUCCAAGACGGGUAUGAUUAUGGUUUUCGGUGAAAUCACCACCAAGGCAAACAUUGACUUUCAAAAGGUUAUUAGAGAUACUAUCAAGCAUAUUGGUUACGACUCCUCUGAGAAAGGUUUCGACUACAAGACCUGUAAUGUGUUGGUUGCAAUUGAACAUCAAUCUCCAGAUAUUGCUCAAGGUUUACAUUACGAAAAGGCUUUAGAAGAAUUAGGUGCUGGUGAUCAAGGUAUUAUGUUUGGUUAUGCCACCGAUGAAACUGAUGAAAAAUUACCAUUGACCAUCUUACUAGCUCAUAAGUUAAAUGCUGCUAUGGCAGAUGCUAGAAGAAGUGGUGCAUUGCCAUGGUUAAGACCAGAUACCAAGACCCAAGUCACCAUUGAAUAUAAGAAGGACCAAGGUGCAGUCAUCCCAUUAAGAGUUGAUACUGUCGUUAUUUCUGCCCAACACGCAGAUGAAAUUUCAACCGAAGAUUUAAGAAAAGAAAUUAAGGAACAUAUCAUUAAGAAGGUUAUUCCAGAACACCUAUUAGAUGAGAAGACCAUUUACCAUAUCCAACCAUCUGGUAGAUUCGUCAUUGGUGGACCUCAAGGUGAUGCUGGUUUAACUGGUAGAAAAAUCAUUGUUGACACUUAUGGUGGUUGGGGUGCUCAUGGUGGUGGUGCUUUCUCUGGUAAGGAUUUCUCCAAGGUUGAUAGAUCCGCCGCUUAUGCUGCAAGAUGGGUUGCUAAGUCCUUAGUUACUGCUGGUCUAUGUAAGAGAUGUUUGGUUCAAUUCUCUUAUGCAAUUGGUGUUGCAGAUCCAUUAUCUAUUUACAUUGAUUCAUAUGGUACUUCUGAGAAAUCAUCUGCAGAAUUAGUUGCUAUUGUCAGAAAGAACUUUGACUUGAGACCAGGUUGUUUAGUCAAGGAACUAGAUCUUGCAAGACCAAUCUACUUCAAGACAGCAUCUUACGGUCACUUCACCAACCAAGAAAACCCAUGGGAACAACCAAAGAAACUUACUUUAUAA